CAAAAGCAACUAAUCCUGGUGGGGUAAUGGUGACACAGCUUACGUCUGGUGGAAGUAUCACUCUAAGACCUACAGCCUCUAAAAGUCAUGGUAAAGUACUUACUCAAGGGCAGGCAGGACUUGUUCCUGCACAGCUUAUUUUACAGCAAUCUGGUGGUCUGAAAAAUGUAGAGACUCAAUCCACAACAGAUACUGUAGGUGCAGUGGGUACCCAACAAAGUCCUAAUCUUCAAAUGGUUAGAACAGUUCUUUCACAACAAGCUGGACUUAAGGCAGGUCAAGCUACAAUCUUAAUUUCCCAGCCAGCGCUGCAGCAAGGGCAAGUGCUACCUCCUGGUCAUAUUGUUCAGAAUACUAGACCACAGGGAAAAACAUCACAGCAAGGGAAGCCUGUAUUUGCUCGAAUAAUUAAUCCUGGAUCUAUGAAGCUUGCUGGAGGAGUUCAAGGAUUCUCAACACAAGGUCAGCUUAUCCAAACAGUUGGUCCUACAGGACAGACAAUUGCUGUGCAAAGUGAUGCAGCCCUUAGACAAACACUGAGUAAACUUGUCACGGGCACAAACUCUGGAAGCCCUGCUAAUGUCAUAUUUACAACAGUUGGGUCUUCUGUAUCAGGUGUUACCCCUGGGAGUCCAGCAAAUGUUAUUCUUGGUUCCUCAGGGACAUCUAUCACAACAAGUCAACAAAUUCUAGCAGCAGCUGCAGCAGGUAAAGCUGCCCAAAUUAAAGAAUUAGAAAAAGAUAAGAAAUCGUGAACUUCAUUUACUUCUGAUUAUAUGUUAUUGUCAUGUUCUGUUCUGUCUUUGAUUAAUUCCGAUUUAUCUGUCCUUAUGUUAAUUGAAAUAUAAAUACAUUGUACAUGUAUUGGGCAGCUAGCUUGCAGUUAAGGGACUUGUCAGACAGGAAAGAUGACAUGCAGGACUGAAAUGUACGAUUAUCGUGUGGUAUAGAGCGUGUUUAUCAAUUAUUACCUUUCAACAUAUUCUUAUAGUCGUAAGUACUUAGAAAUGUAAAAAUUAGUAAACUGUAGACAUGUUAUUACAAGAAAAUGUAUAGCUGAACUAAAGAAUAAAUGCUUUAUUGAAACUUUA